AACCGGGUGGAACCUGCGCUGGCUCUGCUGAGAGCUCCUGGCAGCGGGUCAGGCCCGCGUGGUCCGCGCCGCCCGGAGCGCUUCUCGGAGUUUUAUGCCUGUGGAUGUUGCUGUUGACAUGGAGAAGAUUGAGGAACAGUUUGCUAAUCUGCAUAUUAUUAGACGUUCCUCAGAACCGAAAGAGCCCACUUACCUGCUUGGCAUAGACACAUCAAAGACUGUGCAAGCAGAAAAAGGAAAUUUGGUUGCUGUUCUAUGUUCAAAUGGAUCAAUAAGAAUAUAUGAUAAAGAGACACUGCGUGUACUGCGAGAAUUUAGUGGAUAUCCUGGACUUAAUGGAGUCAAGUUUGCAAAUUCCUGUGACAGUGUAUAUUCAGCAAGUACUGAUGGCACUGUAAAAUGUUGGGAUGCUCGAUUAGCUAGUGAAAAACCUGUUCAGUUGUUCAAAGGUUAUCCUUCCAAUAUUUUUAUCAGUUUUGAUGUGAACUCUAAGGAUCAUGUCAUUUGUGCUGGUACAGAAAAAGUGGAUGAUGAUGCGUUGUUGAUAUUUUGGGAUGCAAGGAGCACUUCUCAGGAUUUGUCUACUAGAGACCCUCUUGGUGCAUAUUCAGAGACACAUAGUGAUGAUGUCACUCAAGUACGCUUCCAUCCCAGCAAUCCCAACAUGGUUGUCUCAGGUUCAACUGAUGGCCUGGUGAAUGUGUUUGAUAUCAGUGCUGAUAAUGAAGAGGAUGCCUUGGUUGCAACAUGCAACUCGGUUUCAUCAGUGAGCUGUAUUGGUUGGUGUGGAAGAGAUUAUAAACAGAUUUACUGCAUCACACACGAUGAAGGAUUUUAUUGGUGGAAUCUUAAUCAUUUGGAUACUGAUGAACCAAUUACACAUUUGACAAUCCAAGAUGUAAGAGAAAUAGCUCAUAUGAAAGAAUGUCAUUUAGACUACCUGCUUGGUGGCCUCUAUCAUGAAAAAAUGGAUAAAUUGUUUGUUAUUGGAGGAUCAAACACAGGAAGAAUUCACUUGAUGAGCUGCAGCACGGUGGGACUGACCCACAUGACUAGCCUUCCGGGCGGCCAUGCUGCCACUGUUCGUUCUUUCUGUUGGAAUAUGCACGAUGAUUCUCUGCUGACUGGGGGAGAAGAUGCACAGUUGCUACUUUGGAAACCUGGAGCUGUAGAGAAGACCUUUUCAAAGAAAGACAGCAUGAAAGUAGCAUCCUCCGUGCAGCGGCGAGUUCGCAUUCACAGUCAUGAUUCUUACAGGAGAAGGAAGAAGCAGUGACAUGACACCCAGGACAGGGCCCAUUACCUGAUACUUUGCGGUUUCAAGUCACUUUGUUGUUUGUUACCUAUACUAAACUUUUUUUCUUUUGUCUUUUUGAAGCAGGGUCUCCCUGUAGCCCCAGCUGUCCUGGAACUCACUGUGUAGACCAGGCUGGCUUUGAACUCACAGAGAUCCUCCUGUCUCUGCCUCCCCCAGUGCUGGGAUUAAAGGUGUGUGCUACCACGCCCGGCCACAUGCCUGUUUUUAAAACCCAUCUAUCUGUUGAGUCAGUACAUGUGGGGUUUGAAGAAAUAGCUUUGAGAAGUACUUUUUAGUAGAUGGCUGGGUAGACUUGAAACAGGUGGUUUGGGCUAUUUUUUAAGCUCAGCUUUCUACAUUUGAAGUCAUCUUCAUUGUUGAUGCAACAAAAUAAGACUAUAUUUAGUCAUUUGAGGAACUUUUACUUGCUUAAUCUGCCUAAUGUAUUACCUUGGAGUAUUUCAAUGUAAAUAUUCUAAAGAGUCUAAGCAGAAUUUACUUUUUUUAGAAAUGAAAUAUAGGGACUUUAUUAAAAUGAGAAAAAUAUAUUUAGUAAAUAUUUGCAUCUUACUUUAAUACAGCCUAUACUUGGUGAAAUGGUACACAGGUAUUUUGCUGAUGAAAAGGAAAUUAUCUUACUAGAUUCACUUUGAGACUCAAAGAAAUAGAAAUGAAAUAUGACAUAGGACUAGUUUUGUUUCCAAAUAUCCUUUCAUAAUUAAAUUUUCUUCCAUAUUUCACUCAUAAAUUUAAACUUGAAGUUUUGCUUACUGAUAAUCUUAUUUUGUAUGUGUAUAUAUGUGUAUCUGUGUGCACAUGUGUGCAUGUUGUGUACCACAAAGCAUGCAUGGCAGUCAGAGGACAGCUUAGGGGAGUCAGUUCUCUGCUUCCACCAUGUAGGCCCCAGGGAUUCAACUUGGGUCAUUAGGCUUUGACUCCAGGUACUGUUAACUACUGAGCCAUCUCACCAACCCCCACUUACUGCUAAUUUGCCAUUCUUUCAUUUAAAAAGUAUUUUUGUAAAGUGUCUUAAUAAAACAAGCUAAUCUAAAACUGGCCAUGUUGGCUCAGGCCUUUAA